UACUAUAAAUAUUUGGAAUGCCCGCGAUCUGGAUUUUACAUUCCUAAAAAAAGAGAAGGUGCAAAACACCGUGAUGUCACGUCAAAGAGAAUGAAAUGUCCGGUGAAGCUUUGCGCUGUAGGUAAUAUAACCAGAAAUACGUAUCGCAUAACGAAGUGGAUCUCAACUCACAAUCAUGAAGUACAUGAGGAUGAUACUCAGGAAUCAAUCGAUACUGAGGAAACAGUCGAUUCUGAGGAAACAGUUAAUACUGAGGAAACAGUCGUUUCCGAGGAUGAGUAUUUGGAAACGAUUGUUGGAAAUUUCAUAGUAAAAGAUGAUGGAGAGCUCAUCGCCGAUAGAGCUCAUCCAUGA